AUGCUGUACACCGGGUACCUGCGCUCGCUCGCAGGGGUGAUGGGCGCGCAGGGGGGAUGGGCGCGCAGGGGGGAUGGGCGCGCAGGGGGGAUGGGCACGUGGGAUGAGACGGGGGAGGGAGCACGAGGGACAGUGGCAGGCCGUGGGAAUGCUGUACACGGGAUACCUGUGCACGCAGGGGGGAUGGGCCCGCCUCCUUCUCCCUGCCUUGUCAUUCUCACCCGCUGUGCCUUGUCAUGCCAUCGCCUGCUUCCGUUCCGGCGAAUCUCAACGGCGUCACUAACCAACUUUCGCCCGCUCCUCCACUCGCCCCCACCUCGUCCCAAUCUCCCUUCAGCCCUUUCCGCUCCCCGCCUUCGUCCUCGUCCCCGUUUCCUGCCACCGUCAGCCGCGCUGCUUUCUCUGCACUCCGCUCGCCCCGCUCUAGCGGGCUCGCAGCAGAGGAAAAACAUUCGGCGCCGCACCUUACACUCGCCUCACUCGCCCACUCCCUCUCCCCUCUUCCCCACUCUCUCCCCUCUCUCCGCUCUUCCGCACCCUAUCCCCUGGAUCCCCUCUCUCUCCUCUCUCCCUUGCAUCCCUCCCUCUCACUCCCUCUCCCACCCUUUCCACCCUUCCGCCUGUCCCCGCCCUCUCAGCCACUCAGUGCCACGGAAUUCUCGCAGCCGGGCCUGCCCUCGUGCACUGGACGCUGGCGCAGCAGCCAGGGAGGAGCGCAGGGGCGGGGAGAAGGAGGAAGAGGGGGAGGGAGACGGAGAGCCGGAGGAGGAGCGGGUGGGAGGAGCAGGGGCAGCAGCGACAAGCCCCUCUGCACCCACUGGCCAAUCCCUCGCACCUGCUGCCCUGAGAAUGCCCCCCUCUGCUGGGUGGCGUGACGCGGACGCCCGCUGUCUCGCGCUGCGCCUGAUUGGCUGCCUUGCUCCGCUGGCUGCUGACGUGGCACACGUGCAGGAGCUGGUGGUGCGGGCGGCGAUGGAAGCAGAGGGACAGCAGGAGCUCUCCUUGCGGCCACAUUCCUCUGUGUUGUCUCUGCCCCCUUCAUCCUCAAUCCCCCUUCUUCACCUCUAUUCCUCGCGUCUUUCCCUUCCCCGCCUCUCUCCCUUAUUCCCCUCCUUCCCUCCCUCCACUGUUCCUCUUCCCCCACCCUCAGCUCUCUUCGCGCUCACCUUCCUCCCAUCCUUCGAUUAA